AUGGCACUGGGGACGACACAGGAGCAGCUCUUGCCAGACAUGGCGCGCCGCACCGUCGUCACCACCAUCAACUACUACGACGACCCCGGCGAUGGGUCUCCUCCAACCCCAAUCAUCGUAGGGGGUCAAAAAGUCACAAAUGAGAGGAAAAUGACGCCUCGGACCAUGACUGUGACCGACAUCACGGGCGACGAGGACAAUUUCACCCUCGACACGCACGGCUUCCAGUACAUCCGUCACACAAGCGCCGAAAAGGACUUUGUCGACGACGAGCAGGUCAAGACCGUUUACUACCCCGAGAUGGAAAAAGUGUACAAGGACAUCACGGGGGCCAGCCGGGUCGUCAUCUUCAACCACCAGAUCCGUCGGGGCCCGGCCAACUGGCACACACUGGGCGAGCGUAACACGGAGCACCGCGGCCCGCUGCACAAGGCCCACGUCGACCAGUCGUACGACGGCGCCAUCAUGAUGGCGAGGCACCACCUCGGCGACGAGGCCGAUGAACUCCUCAAGCGCCGCUUCCAGAUUAUCAACAUCUGGCGGCCCAUCAAGACGGUCCAAAAAGACCCGCUCGCCGUUGCCGACGGGAACACGGUCGCCGAGGAGGACCUCGUCCCCGGCGCCAUCAUCUACCCCAGGCACCGCGCCGAGACGUGGACCAUCAAGCCGAACCCGGCGCACCGCUGGUACUUUAAGAACAGGCAGCGGCCGGACGAGCCGUUGCUCAUCAAGUGUUUCGACUCGGACGCGUCCGUGGUCAGACGGGCGGCCCACUGCGCGUUCCGCGACCCUGACAUGGACGACAUGGAGUGUCGGCAGAGCAUCGACAUUCGGGCUCUGGUGUUUCACUGA